AAGCAGCCGGCGCCUUCGGGCAGUGUACUCGUUCCGUUAACUUCUCUGUUUUAAAACUACUUGCCGUCUAUAUCCGGGAAGGGCCCUGCGCGGUUGAACACACGUUGGUGCAGUGUAGUUGCGUACGCUUCGCCGCUAGCCGCACCGCGCGCGCGCGCUCCAUCGCAUGCACUUUACGAAUACAUAACUUGUUUAUAAAAUUGCCGAAAUCUAAUGAACUGUGAAUAUAGUGGCUAGACAUGGAUUGUGAUAGGAGGUGAUAUCUGUGGUGCAUGCUGAUUUUAUUUCUGUUAACAUGAGCGGAAGCACAGGCGGAAAUGCAGUUCCGUCUUCGAGUGCGGGCAACGGUAGCGGUGUGACGGAUACGACGCGGCGCGGGCGCUGCAAGUGGUUUAAUGUUGCUAAGGGUUGGGGGUUUAUUACCCCUGACGAUGGCGGGCAGGAUGUCUUUGUACAUCAGAGCGUCAUCAAAAUGCCAGGCUUCAGAUCACUUGGUGAUGAAGAGGAGGUGGAAUUCGAGUGCAAAGAGUCCGAUAAAGGUCUGGAGGCUACUCGGGUCUCUGGGCCAUCAUCGGUGGACUGUCAGGGGUCACACAGACGUCCGUUGUCCAAAAAACGCUUCAGGAAGUUGCGUUGCUACAACUGUGGUGAGUUCGCCAACCACAUUGCAGCGAAAUGCAGUUUGGGGCCACAACCGAAGAGAUGUCACAACUGCAAGAGCGACGGACAUCUUAUUGCCGACUGUCCUAUCAAGAUUGAGAAGAAAGAUGAAACAAAGCAAUCGAGCAGUUCCCAAGGCAGCCAAGAGGACAACCAAUAACACGAUACUUAACCGGCUUCAGUAAAGCUAAGACAUCUUCGUUAUUUACAGUUCAAACGUUUUAACUUAAUCUUUACGAAGUAUUUGACCAAAGAAGUCGGUUAUAAAAUUUCCCACUGACUCGUUGUAUUGGUACCAUAGACCAUAGACAUAGAGCUGUCAAAUAUGAAUGACAAAAUAAAAUGAUCUUCGAAACUUAAAAUUGGCCAAAGGUUCUUAAUUAUUCGCGCAAGCACGCCAUCUCUUUUUAAUUCUUGAGUAAAGAAAGAGACGUUGAAUCAUUCACAGAUCGUAUUUAGCAUAGCUUGAAACUAACAACAUUGACAAAUUGAAUUCAAAAUCAUUCAAUUAUUGUUUACAUAGAAAAGGCUUUUCGUGUAACUUAAGGAACUCGGCUUGCCUCAAUUAACGCAAAACUAUGGAAAUCUUUCUUCUCUUUUUUACUCAAGUGGUGAGAGAUAUACAAAUCGAAGACUAAUUAGUAUUUUAUUAUCGACUAUUAUAAUACGAAUACACAUCGGCUUAUAUUUUUAUAUUAAUGCCUCUAAGACUACAGUUACAUGGUAUGGUCUUAACAGAUACAUCUACAUAUAUCUCUCUCUUUCAAUAUCUCCAUCUCACUCACGUCUCUAUGUCUAUGGUACGUAGUGUUUAGAGUACUUUUAAUUGAAAACAACUACCUCAUAACGUUAAAAUAUUAUUUGUAUUUUAGAAGACUGAAUAACAAGAAAGUACAAAAAUAUUUGACGUAGAUUUUACUUAAGUUUGACGUAGUACAAAUUUUAUGUGUUCGAGUGUUUUAUACUCAAUUUUUUUAUACCCAAAGUUGUGUGUCUUUAUAAUGACUAUUUUUAAUAUAAUUAUGUUGUUGUUACGCCCAAUUUUAUGUCAUUUAAGAAUAAAUUUUAAACGCAGACACUUUCGCGAUCCUUUCGGUUGCCAUUUUACAACUACUUUGUACCUCAAUCUCAAAAUAACUUCCCUCAUAUAAUAUAUAUAUGAGGUACACUUAUGAACGUGAAAAGAAAAAAUGUUCUAUUGAUUCUAAAUUACCAUUUACUGUUCUAACUUUAAAUUUAGUUCUAAAUUUUCUGUUCUCAAGUCAAGGGACAAGGAGAACUGGCAAGAAACUCAUCGCCAAGUAUAUAACGUAUAAGUAACGAUUUCCAGUUUUUCGAGGUGUAAUAAAAUAUUUAAAAAAAUAUUUGUAUUAAUAAUUUUGCAGUUCAUCUCGUACGUCCGAAACUUAAAAUGAUUAUGAUAGUGCUACAGUUACAUUCAACUUAAACGUGACGUUUGGUACAUCUGUCAAAUGUCAAAGAUUGCGAAAGUGUCUUAGUAUAAGUUUAGUUAAGGAAUUGCGCAAUAUGCACUGCCGAAUAGACGCUUGUAUAUAAAAAUACUUGCGACAUUUAAUCCGUAUAGGAUUUAUAAAUGUUGUUGAAAUCAAUACUUUUAUUGAAUACAUUUCGUUUUUGAUAAGGGCACUUCAAGGUUUCUCUACAAAAUUAUUAUAAUUAAGAUUUCUUAACUUGCCAUAGACAAUUUUUUGGUUACAAUUAUUUGCUCAAUUAACAUAUUAAGUACGGAAACGUGUGAAAAUUCGUCACUGCCAUAUUUUGUUAAUGUUGUUUUUUCAAUAAUAUCCAAGCAGGUUCUAGUUAUUUUGUUGAAGCGAUAUCAUGCCGAUACCAU